AUGGAAGAGCUUGCUCAUCGGAAGCACGACUACGACCCGGCAGGGGAUCAGUGUUUCUGCUCGCUCUGGCCGACGGUCUUGCCCCUUGUGGUCAUCCCUAUGCCUAAGCUCCGCUCGAGAAAACAGACCGGCAAGAAGCCCCAGUCUUCGCCCCAUGGCAGGGCCCCGUCCUCUCUCCCUCCCGUGCCUCCGGAAAACCCAUCUACUGCUGCCCCGUGUGCGGCCACCAAUUCCCCCUCCUCAGCGCCACAACACAACACCUUACUUGAGCACAUCACUCUCAUAAAAUCACCAGCCUCGACACUCAGCACGGGCCCCAACGAAUCAUCGACAAAUAGGCACUGA